UCUCCGCAAAAGUGCGGCCUCUCUCCAACCUUCGUAUGAGGAAGCAGCUCGUGCUCGUUCGAGACUGAGACACCUCCGCCCAGAUCUCGUCGCCGACGAGAUGUUCCGCCGCGGCGUCCUCGCCCUCAUCCUCCUCGCGGCCGCACUCAUCACGGUCGCACGCUCGCCCCUCGCGUCCGCCUCCGAGGCUGACCACAAGUACAAAGCAGAAGAACCGGUUAAGCUAUGGGUAAACAAGGUUGGCCCUUACAAUAACCCUCAAGAAACAUACAACUAUUACAGCCUCCCAUUUUGUCAACCGUCUGAAAACCCUGCGCAUAAAUGGGGUGGUCUCGGAGAGGUCCUAGGUGGAAAUGAGCUGAUUGAUAGUCAGAUCGAUAUAAAGUUCUUAAAAAAUGUGGAUAAGGGCUCCAUUUGCACAAUUGAACUUGAUGAUAAAAAGGUUCAACAAUUUACUGAUGCCAUUGAAAGCUCAUAUUGGUUUGAGCUUUUCAUAGAUGAUCUGCCGUUGUGGGGUUUUGUUGGGGAGACUGACAAAAACAAUGAAAACAAGCACUACCUGUACACUCAAAAGAACAUCGUUGUUAAAUACAAUGGUAACAGGAUAAUUCAUGUCAAUCUCACUCAAGAGUCGCCUAAGCUUCUUGAAGCUGGUAAAAAGUUGGACAUGACAUAUUCAGUAAAGUGGGUGCAAACAAAUGUGGCAUUUGCGCGGCGUUUUGAAGUUUACUUGGACUACCCAUUUUUCGAACACCAGAUUCAUUGGUUCUCCAUCUUCAAUUCUUUCAUGAUGGUUAUUUUCUUAACUGGUUUAGUGUCAAUGAUACUGAUGAGGACCUUAAGAAAUGAUUAUGCAAAGUAUGCACGUGAAGAUGAUGAUCUGGAGUCGCUUGAGAGAGAUGUUAGUGAGGAAUCUGGAUGGAAGCUUGUCCAUGGAGAUGUAUUUCGGCCUCCUUGCAGCCUAAUGUUUCUCUCUGCUCUUGUUGGUAUUGGCACUCAGCUAGCUGCUCUUAUCUUGCUUGUGAUUGUAUUGGCCAUUGUUGGCAUGUUAUACGUUGGACGAGGAGCUAUCAUCACAACCUUUAUCGUGUGCUAUGCUCUUACAUCUUUCAUUUCUGGAUAUGUUAGUGGUGGCCUCUACUCAAGGAACGGUGGCAAAAACUGGAUAAAGGCUAUGAUACUUACAGCAUCCCUUUUUCCAUUCUUGUGCUUUUCAAUCGGAUUAGUGUUAAACACCAUUGCUAUCUUCUACCGAUCAUUAGCAGCUAUACCAUUUGGCACAAUGGUUGUCAUAUUUGUGCUUUGGGCUUUCAUCUCCUUCCCGUUGGUGCUAUUGGGAACUGUUGUUGGUAGAAACUGGAGUGGUGCUCCCAACAACCCAUGCCGUGUAAAGACGAUUCCACGCCCUAUUCCUGAGAAAAAGUGGUACCUUACACCUUCUGUUAUCUCAUUGAUUGGUGGGCUUCUCCCCUUCGGCAGCAUCUUCAUUGAGAUGUACUUUGUGUUCACUUCAUUCUGGAACUACAAGGUGUAUUAUGUUUAUGGUUUCAUGCUGCUGGUCUUUGUCAUCCUCAUAAUAGUCACCAUAUGUGUCACUAUUGUGGGUACUUAUUUCUUGUUGAAUGCUGAAAACUAUCAUUGGCAAUGGACAUCAUUCUUCUCUGCUGCAUCUACCGGCUUAUAUGUAUAUCUAUACUCCAUAUACUAUUAUCACAUGAAGACAAAGAUGUCGGGCUUUUUCCAGAUGAGCUUCUAUUUUGGCUACACCUUAAUGUUCUGUCUUGGACUCGGGAUACUUUGCGGUGCUAUUGGUUAUCUGGGCUCUACUCUUUUUGUGAGGAGAAUCUACAGGAAUAUCAAAUGCGACUAAAUUUCUGCUCCUUGCUGGUAGAGGCUGCUAGCAAAUCAUGUCUCGAUGUCGCAGGUUCGGUGCGGAGUACUACCUAUGAGAUUCUGAUUAACUUUUGAAAGUACACAGUAGGUCGCUGGCCCUUUGUUUAUCUUUUCUUUUACCCUUUUUUGGCUUAUCUAUUUCUUUCAUGGAACUGCCCUGAUAAAUGUAUACCUAUGUUAGUUUGGGAAUUAGUCUGAGCACUGGAAAGUACAUGUAGUUUCUCUUUUUGUGCGGCCACAUUUGGUCAGCUGUAGGAGUUCACUGAUGGAUAUUACCGCGGUGCAGAUUACAGUGGGCUAGAUUUGCCCCUCUUAUGAAUUGCAGCAUCCAGUUUUCAUGUACCCAUGUAGUAUAAACGAGUUAAUAUAUUGAAAUUUCAUAUC